AUGGCUUCACCAUACCAGCCAUCCAACUCAUUUUCGCCCUCGGUAGGCUCCGAAAUGGCUGCCGCACCAAAUCGAGCUGUUUCCGAUUUGCCGCAGGCCCAAGUGGACGCGAUUAUUCGCACGAAGCGAAAAGCGCGUGAGCCCAAGGCUUGCUAUCCAUGUCAUGCGCGCAAGGUCAAAUGCGACCGCAAUCUCCCCUGCGACGGGUGUGUCAAGCGUGACCACGCUGAUCUUUGCUCCUACGAACGACCCUCCAAAAAACGAUCGCAAGCUUUCCAUGAGAGCCCCGUUAGUGGUGCCUCGGCGGUGCCGGUGGCACCUGCGCCCGCAGAAUACUCGACGGCAUACGAAUACGACGAUCUCCCAGCACACGUCAAACCCGAGCCGGUAUCGAGUCGGGCAAACGGCACUAGUGCUGGUGGGCGGGUGUCAAUCGCCCGCGAGGAGUGGGAUAAUGUGCGCAACAGACUGCGGGAAAUGGAAAACACUAUCUCGUCUCUUCGAGUUGGAUUGGAGCGGGCUGAAGAAGGUCCCACCGUGACGCUAGAGACCGGUAGCUCGCAGAGCGGUGAUGCGAGUUCCCGCUCCAAGGCCGCCUCGCCGGAGCGGGAGGGCAUCCAUGCUGACAAUACUCUCGGAAAAGGCACUGUUCAUCUAGGGUCGCGCUCUGUUCUGGCUUAUAUCCUGAACAACAAAUCUGGGUCGGAUCAGCUUCAGGCGCUUUUGGAAGGAGGGAUAUUGCCCAAGCUGGGCCUUGACAAUGAAUCAGCGACGUACCCAUUCGUCGACCUGUGGUCGUCAGACAUGUCAACCUUUGAUAUCAGUGCAGUUUGCAGUGCGCUGCCGACUGAUGAACAAUGCAGAGAGUUCUUUUACGACUAUAAAGACAUCGCAGGUGCUAUAUAUCCAGUUCUAGAGGACGUUCGUGAUUUUGAAAACAGCCUCGAGCUUCUGUUGCAGAGUCGAGUCUCUGCCGGGGGUGUGUACCGGGAAGAUGCAGACGAGGCGCAAAAGCCAUUUGGGGUGAGCAUCGCCUACUUGGGCUUGUUGUUUGCCGUGCUUGCGUCUGGUUGCCAAUCAUCCGAUCUGGGUAGCAAAGAAAGAGAAUUGACUUCUCAAGUCUAUGUGUGCUGCUCGUACCAAUGUCUUCGGAUGACCAAUUUCCUGUCUCAGCCCACGAUUGAGGCAAUUCAGACGCUUUUGGUUAUCGGUAAUGUCUUGUCUUAUAACAUGAACCCUGGUAUUUCUUAUGUGCUACUGGGCAUGACUCUCCGCAUGGGCUUGGCACUCGGUCUGCAUGUCGAUUCAAGUCGAUUUUCCCCGCUGGAGCGAUAUCGUCGGCGACAUGUCUGGUGGUCAAUGGCGUGGCAAGACAGUCACUUCUCGCUCUCCUACGAUCGACCCUCCACCACUGCAGUCAGCCAGCCAGAUAUUGCAUAUCAAGAGGACUCGAAACCUGGUGAACUCUUGUACUUUGAAACUUUGUGUCGGGUCAUUUCCUUGGUUCUGGAGGUGGUGCGCAUUCGAAUGCUCAGCCCGCACGCUCAAAUGAGCGUUGAAAGUAUCCAAGGCUACAAGGAAAGAAUCCAGCAGAUCAUGGUCGAAGCAAAGCCCCGCCUGCGUGACGCACAAUAUUGCACCACACCCACACAGCAUCUGGAACGGGUCGUGCUUAAACUGCACUCUUCCUAUUUCUCCUCUGAGCUCUGCCGGCCAGCGCUCAAAUCGACGGCCGAUGUCAAUGACUCCGGUACCGCCAGCAUGCGCGUGGACUGCGUGUCGAAUCUGAUGACGACCGUCGAGGCAUAUAUUGAAAUGCACAACAUUAGCUCUCAUGCGGCACGGUCUUGGAUUGCCCUGCAACGGGCAAUUAGCUCUGCUUUUCUCCUUGCCGUGAUCGAAGAAGCCAAGUCGGAGCCGAGCGUAUGGAAUCUGUUGCGACAGCUCGAGGGCAUUAUCGCUCAACGAGCCAGCACCGAACGAGCCUACGAUACUGGCGACAUCGCGGCUAAUCCUACCAGCCUUACCUCGCCUGCUCAAGGCUUAGGCGCCUAUGACCCUAUCACAGGUGCUACCAAUCCACCUGGCUCCAUUGCACCCGCCCUGGAUCCCACCUCUCCUGUCGCUGCAUUCCCCGACACGCAAACCCAGUGGGCCAAGUCGUUAGCGAAGACCCAUCGCGCCCUCCAGAAGCUCCUCAGUGCAUUCGGAAACUCACAAACGCGACCCACGGGUGGACUUGGCGUCGCCCCCGCAUGCGGUUUUCAACCCAACACCGGUGUCGCCUCGAUAAACACCCUGGUUCCUCCCGCUUCCUCGGGCAUGACUCCGAGCGUCAGCUCCUUGCCACCCCCUACGCCAGAAAGCUCGGGCAGUGGGGAGUGGACGAUACCCAACAUCCUUGACCGAGCUUCCGAGUACAUCCACCCACCUCUGUGGAGUUAG